AUGGAUCAUCAAGAGACUAGUGUGGAAAAGGAGGGAGUUGGUGGCAGCGGCUUAAUCGAUUUGGUCUUCUCUUGGUCCAUGGAGGAUGUUCUCAACAGAAAUCUAUACAAAAACCAGGUGAUGAAAAUUCCUGAUACAUUUUCGACCGUGACGAGUUACAUGAAAACGUUCAUUCCUCCGCUUGUUGAGGAAACACAUGCUGAUUUACUCUCAAGCAUGGAGACUCUGCCACAGGCACCUACUUGUGAAAUUCUGGCUGUUAAAAAGGGUCAUAAAAAUGCCAAGGACUUUUCUUAUGUUAUUAUAAUAAGGGGCAGUGGAGAAGCCAAAAAUUAUGAGCCGCAGCAUGGAGAUCUUAUUGCCUUGACUGAUAUUAGACCAACAUGCAGUGAUCAUUUGAACAGGCUGAGAGAUUCAUAUAUCAUUGCGUAUGUUGGUCCAGGCGGAGAUAAUAGGCUCUUUAUACGCUCAUCAAAGCCUAUAAGUAGAGGAGGAGGAGGAAAACUUUUUGCUGUCUAUCUGAUCAACAUGACAACAAAUGUUCGCAUAUGGAAAGCUUUGAUCUCAGAAAAGGCAAACACAAAUAUAAUUAAGAAUGUGCUGCAAGUGCAACCCAAUUCAUCACAGGGUGGGAAUUCUUGUUCAAUUUGCUUUUCUAAGGAAAAAUGCUCUGCUGCCCUUUCAAAUAGAUGGCCCUCAAUGGGCUCUGAUCUAAAUGAUUCCCAAGAAGCUGCAGUUUUGAACUGUAUCAAUUUGAGUAAAUGUACUCACCAAAAUACCAUCAAACUAAUAUGGGGUCCUCCGGGGACUGGAAAAACCAAGACAGUUGCUAUGUCACUCUUUGCCCUCUUGAAGUUGAAGUGCAGAACACUAACCUGUGCUCCAACGAAUGUCGCCGUGUUAGAAGUGACAGCGAGACUCCUGGGAUUGAUUAAUCAGUCUCUUGAUUAUGGAAAGUAUGGACUUGGAGAUAUAAUUCUAUUUGGGAAUGGGGAGCGAAUGAAGAUCGAUAAUUAUGAUGACCUUGUUGAGGUAUUUCUUGAUUAUCGUAUUGAAAUUCUGGCCGAAUGUUUUAACCCUUGGACUGGAUGGAAACAUUGGUUGGAGUCAAUGAUAGGUUUGCUUGAGGAUCCACAGGAAAAGUACUCAACAAGGGAUGAUGAGAAUGAUUUUCAGACCUUUGAGAAGUUUGUGAAGGAAAAACUUAAUUCAGUUGGUGAGCAUGUGGAGUUUUGCAUGGUAAAUUUGUACACGCACUUACCAACUUCUUGCAUUUCACUAGAGGUUGUGACUGACAUGAUUGGAGCUCUGGAUUUGCUCAAUUCUCUUAAAUCUUUACUGCGUGAGGUUGGUUUUGCUAAUGAGAGGUCACAAUUAGUUCUAAAAGAUUUUCUUCGUAAACUGAGGUCGCUUCGUAAAUUUUGUGUUCCUAAUUUGAAAAAGUUGGAGAAAAUAAAGAAAUUCUGCUUGGCAAAUGCUUCCUUAAUAUUUUGCACCGUGUCAAGCGCUGCUAAAUUGCAGACAGAGAAAAAGGCACCCCUGGAUUUGUUAGUGAUUGAUGAAGCUGCUCAGCUUAAAGAAUGUGAAUCAGCAAUUCCUUUGCAACUACCGGGUCUUCGCCAUGCUGUUCUCAUAGGAGAUGAGAGGCAACUCCCUGCUAUGGUUAUAAGCAAGAUCUCCGAGAAGGCUGGUUUCGGAAGAAGUUUGUUCGAAAGACUUCUACUGUUGGGACAUGAGAGGCACCUUCUCAAUGUCCAGUAUAGAAUGCAUCCAUCAAUCAGCUCAUUCCCAAAAAGGGAGUUUUACAACAACCGGAUAUUAGACGGUCCAAAUGUCAAGCAAGGAAGCUAUGAGAAGCGCUUUCUUUCAGGAAAAAUGUACGGAUGCUACUCCUUUAUACAUGUAGCCAAUGGACAAGAAGAAUUUGAUUGCGGGCAUAGUCGGAAAAAUAUGGUUGAGGUUGCUGUGGUCUGUGAGAUGGUUGCAAGCCUUUACAGAGAGAGAGUCAGGGAAUACAGUGAAGUUUCUGCAACUGAUGGAUUCUCUGUAAGUGUGCAAUCUGUUGAUGGAUUCCAAGGUGGUGAAGAUGAUGUGAUAAUUAUCUCCACAGUCAGAUGUGACGAGAAAGGAUAUGUCAGUUUCAUUUCCAAUCUUCAAAGAGCAAACGUGAUGCUAACGCGUGCAAGGCACUGUCUUUGGAUUUUGGGGAACGAAGCAACUUUGAUUAGAAUUGCCCUCAUGGAGCUUGACCAACUUCAUAUUCCAUUUAAUUCUGAUUCUCUGCUGUUUAAAAAUGCCAAAUGGAAGGUUUGCUUCACCAAUGAAUUUCAGAAUUCCAUACGAAAGAUUAAGGACAUUGAGAUCCGUCGGGAAGUGGUUUCCUUGUUAACAAAGCUCUCCAAUGGUUGGCGCCAAUCUCGCAAGAAUAAAAGAACUAUAGUCCAUGGGACUUGUGCUCAAGUGUUACAGAAGUACAGAGUUAAAGGGCUGCUGAAUCUCAUUUGGUCUGUAGAUUUUCUCCAGGAGAACUCAGAUUAUGUCCAGGUUUUGAAGAUUUGGGAUGUUCUUCCAGUUUCUGAUACUUCCGAACUUGAUAAGCGGCUUGAGAAGAUGUUUCAUAGCUAUACAACCGCUGAGAUGAACCUUUGCCUGCUCAGAUGUGUUUAUGGAGACGCAGUUGUCCCAAUUAGAAUGCCGGUGGAUUCGAGCAGCUCCCAUGAGGCUGAGGCUGAUCCUGUGGAGGUUCUUUCAAAACCAUUAUCUUCACUCAGUCUAAAAGAUGAGCCCCAAACAUCAAGCAGUGAACCACAGAGUCAUAGGUGA